CUCACACUGCACUGCCCCUCCGACAGUCAGAAACAUGGCGUUACGGGAGCUAUCAUCGCUGGAGAAAUACUUAGGAUUGAAAAAGCCGAACAAGUACAGCACACAGGGGGACAAAAAGGUACCUGUGCUACAGAAUAAUAAUGGGCCUUCAUUAGUAGGGUUGGUGACCAUUGCCUGUCACCUGGUGAAAGAGUCCAAGCACCCAGAACUACUGGGAGACUCUGCAGAGAGCAGGGCUGUGGUGCAGCAGUGGCUGGAAUACAGAGUCACCAAGCUGGACAGCUGCACCAAGGAAGACAUCAGGGCCAUCCUGAAGGACCUCAACCUCUACCUGCAAGACAAGGUCUACCUGGCUGGCAACCAAUUCACCUUAGCUGACCCUGUCAUGUACUAUGGAAUCCACCCACUCAUAGUGGACUUGGCCAUCCAGGAGAAGGAGCAGUAUGUGAAUGUGACGCGAUGGUUCGACCACAUCCAGCACUACCCCGGCGUCCGACACCACCUCCCUCCCGUAGUUGUGCUCAGGAACAGAAUUUACACCAGCAAACACCACUGAGACCUGACCCCACCCAACCCGGCCUGAUUCGUUUCAAGCUCGUCUGUCUUUUGGACCAGACCUGGGCAAAUUAUCUCCCAAAAUCCAAGAGUGUAUCACAUCAUUAUCAUCAUCAUCAUCAUCAUCACCAUAUGAGGACGUUACACACAUUGUCACCUCUGUACAAGACCUUUUUUUUUUUCCUUCAGAUCCCGAUUCCUGCCUUAAUGUUUUUUCCUGGUCACAUACCUGAACUCGCAUGUUUUCUCUUUGGGUUUUUACAAUAUAUACGUUUUACAGUGAAGAACAAAAUAACUAAAGUCAAAACAGUUUUAGUGUAUAAGGUACUGAAACUUCAAUAAGGGACUGUGCACUAAUAAAGUCAAGUUCUGUUGAUAUUCUUUUAAAAAAAUGUCAGUGUUUUUCAUGAUUAUGUUGCAGCGUAAGUGAUUAGGAGUGGACGCAAGAAGGUCACCUGUCACCUAAUAAUGCUAACACUAUAAGAAGUUUGGCAUCUUAACUCUUUAUUAGUAACUAGGGAGCAAAGAUGUGAGACAGUUAUGUUGGUUUUCAUUUAUUUUUUUGGUCAUUUUUUGUUGGACUGUGUAAGUCUGUGUUUAUUUUCAAAGGGAAGGCUGUACGGGUUGCAGGAAAGUGCUGCUAAUUUGUUAAAAAGGUGUUUCUAUUUAUAAAUGGAGGUGAAAUGGUGAUUUUUUUUUGUUGUUGAGUCUGAGCUAUGAACAUGCAAUGACAAGUAUUCAAACAAGGCUUAAUAAAAUGUUACUUAACUGGCAGUGCAUCAUGUCCUCAGGACACCCAGCUUCCUUCAUGGCAUAUCAAUGCAUUUUCAGCAACAGUUUGUCCAAAUAAAAGUGGUUGCUGGUUCAGCAUCAUAACCCCAUAAUGACCACAGUCACUGCUCCACAUUGUUCUGCCAUCUCCCUACCCUGAUGAAUAUCGUCAUCUCUCGGCUGGCAUCCCUAUCAGGACUGUGGUGUUUAUGUUUUUUCUUUAGGAUUUCAUGUUUUUCACAUGCAACUCUCAGCCAUUUCACUGGACAGUUUCGUGUGUGUGUGUGUGUGUUCCUGAUUACAUCCGCUCUCUGUCCCACUUCCUCACCACCAGUCGUGUGGGCAGCAGUGAGCAGUUGAGCGUCAGCCCCAGAGUCAGAGAUCAGAGUGAGGCUCCAAUCAGUCCCACUACCACCACUGUUGAUGCUGCAGGCCAGAGAGAGGGCAGCGGGCUCACCAGCUGCCACACAGAUCCAGCCAGCCAAGGCCAGAACCCAGGCCCCUGGGCGACAGUCAGCCACUGUGUGUCAUUUCAACCCUCGCGCUCCCACGGGGCUGCUGGAGAGAGAAGGACGAAGGGAGGCAGCGAGGGAGGGAGGGAGGCCGCAGAGAGAGAGAGAAAAGAGCACCCAGAGGCCGAGGGAUCUUUUUGUGACGUGAACAAUGAUCUGUGCCUCCGAAAGCCUUACUGCUGCUGGCUGGAUGUUUGCUAUUAGCACCAUUAACAGGCCGUGUCGUGGCUUUGGCAGCAGAACCUGUAAAUUAACAUUAUGAAGGUACUGAUAAGUAGACAAGGAACAGUGGUUAAAUAAACCUCACUGAGAAAGUUACAAUUUUUUUUGCUUUUUUCUGGUGUAUUUAACCAAUAAAAGUUCACUUCAAAUUUUAAACACACAAAGAGCUUGUCCUAUUAUUUGCUGUAACUGUGAUCAUCCUGUGUCAAUAAACUAAAGGGACACGCAGCUCAUGA